UCUCUCCAUUUAACUCCUCUCUAACUCUGUUCACACAUCUCUGGUAUUUCCCUUCUCUCUCUUUUUCUCCUUUCCAUUUUCAAGCCCACCUCUAUCUUUCAUCUCGCAACCUUCUGUUUUCUUUUUCUGCCAGCCGUCUUACCACAAUCAUUCUCUCUCUUUCAUUCUUUCUUUCUCUCUCCCUCUCUUUCUCCCUCUGUCUUUCUCUCUCUUUCUCUCUAUCCCCACUAUUUAACCAGUAAUUUUGCUAUGAUUCAUUGCACUGUAAUGUGUUUGCUCCUUACUGCUCCUAUUAGUCCAAUCUAAUUUUUUUUGCCCUGAGCAUCCAGUGUUCUUUUACAUUUUUAAAUGUUUAAAUUUGGUUGAGUUGUAAACUAACGUGAAUUCAUCAUGAAAUCAACAAAACAUUUUUGCAGAGUUUGGGAUGGAAAGAGAAAAAUUAGGGGGAAGAAAAAAAGAGAGGGCAGACUGGAUGAGGGAGGUAGGAGAAAUAAAACUGACAGAACAAUAAGGCAAAGCAGAGAAAAAGAGAGAGAGGAGGGAGAUAGAGAAAGAGAGGGGAAGAAGAUAGCUACAGAGAGAGGGGAGCUGGAAAGGCAGGUACAGUCACAUCCUGCUGGAUUUCAUAAGAUAAGGUGGGAGGAAAGAAGGGUGUCUUCUGGUGUGUGUCUACUCUGUGUGAUACUGUACGUGCUGUGUACAUUACUAAUGUGUGAGUGAGUGUGUAAGACUAUGCAUGAGUGAGAGUAUGUGUUUGUGCAUGACUGUGUGCAUGUGUCAUGCUUUUUACUGUACUUUGUUAGUGAUUAACUGUUCACCUUUUACAGUUGGGGAAGUGGUGUUGUCAUUCAGCGGGAGAGGAAGGGGGAGGGAGCGAGGGGGAGAGGGAUGGAGGUACAGGAGGAAUAGGAGGGGCUUUCUGUAGAUAACUGUUCUUUCUGCCAGAGCUCGCCCUCUCAGUGGCGGCUUAGGAGUGACAAUAGAGGAGCGGACCUGGAGUGCCGAAACACAGAGAGGAAAAGAGAAAGAGGGGGAAUACAGAGCUCAUGUCCACAUUUUUCAAGCAGCAUCAUGGCGUCGGCUUCUCCACAGAAGAGGAUGGUGUCCUCCUUCUUUAUUACGCUGGCAUCCCCUUACAGAGCCACAGUCACACAGCACCAACACACACGCACACACAGCGCCAYCGCCAAUGACAUGCCACGUACAGCCAUGCGGGUUGGCCCUGAGGACAGCAGCACUCGUAAACUUAGUGUCAGUGGCACACAGCAAGGCACAAUUCACAGGCAGGAGAGGGCUCCAUCUGAGUCCCAGGGCAGUACACACGAAGGGGUCCAGAGCUCCACACCUUCCCUGGCUAGACACUCGGAGCCCAGAACUCCAGCCAGCACAGUGACCCCUGACCUCAGCUGGGGUCUGGGAGACACACAGCAGCAGCAGACAAAGACAGAAGCAGACAAGGGUCCUGAAGAGCUCCUUCCUCCCCCUCCUCCUGUGUCUGUGGAUGCUGAGCUGACUGAGGAUCCUACACCUCUCCUGCCUCCUCCACCCGUGUCUGAGCCCCCCACUGCCCCCCUCCUUCAACCUGUGUCCUCAGACAGACCACCCGUGUCUGACCAACUGAGCGCUGCAGUGGAUAGACAGCUGGACCAAAGCACACCAUCUAGUGGGGGGGAACAGAAGGAAGCGUCUCAGCGUAUCCAGGGCAGUCCAGAGGAGCAGCUAGUGAUGGUAGAGACCAAGGAGGUGUGUGGCUUCUGCCGUAAGCCUGUGGCCCUGAGUGAAACAGCCAUCGAGGCUCUGAACAGGACAUACCAUGCCAGUUGCUUCCAGUGCAGACAGUGCCAUAUCCCUCUGGCUGGUAAACUGUACUAUAACAAGGCAGGAAUACCACUCUGUAAGGACUGCUACCAGGCCAGUUUGGAACUUUGCUGGGCGUGUGGGGAAGUUAUCAAAGACCAGGUAAUCCAUGCACUGGAAAGAGUUUACCACCCACCUUGCUUUAUCUGUGCAACAUGCAGCCAACCAAUUGGAGAGCAGAGCUUURCUCAGGGAGAGGUUGGGGAAGUGUAUUGCCUCCAGGAUUACUACAGGAAAUACGCUCCCCAGUGUAGUGCCUGCCAGCAGCUGAUCAUUCCAAGAGAGGAUGGCAUAGACAGCUACACCGUGGAGUGCCUGGGACGCUCCUUUCACGAGGACUGCUAUCGAUGUGAGGUCUGCAGUACCCAGCUCUCCCCAGAGCCAAACGACCAUGGCUGCCAUCCACUGGAUGGGAGGGUGCUGUGUAUGUCUUGUCACCCAUAGAGAUGUAAAGAGGCCUCAUCAUUGUAUCAAUGCCAUUAUGGUCGUCUGUGACAGCAUGGGCAUUGAGACUAUCUCCAUUUUGAAGUAUUCAAUUUUCUUCUUCACGAUUGGCUGAUCC